CCACCCCACUGGUCAGGAUUGCUUCCCGUAUGCCCCUGCGGUUCUAUAACCAACCCUGCAUACAUUUCUGCUGGCUGCACAAUACCAGUUCCCGAUUUGGCCCCACAUCCCGGUUCGACUGCAGCACUCUUUGUCGUGGAUUCCCGCACCACCACCGUUUCUGUUUUUUCUUGUCAAGUCAUUCUCUCUACUGUCGUCUUUCGCUUUCUUUCUGUCGCAUCACUGGCUGUUCAUGUCCAUAUCCUCGUCACCAUGCUCAUAGCCUUGAACAUCCGAAGGAAACACAUCCAGCUCUUUCUUGGGCUCGGAUUUCUUUUGGUCAUCACACUCUCGCUUUCCAGCAGUCUGUAUCUUGUUUCGGAAAACAGAUACUUUACCAACAAAAACUUUGACCAGUUGGGCUCGAACGUCUACGAGUCCGUAGACGAGUCCGACGUGUCGGCAGGAGUGGAUGCUCGACUCAAAAAGUUACACGACUCCAAAACCAGCGCAGAUCUCGAACAGAAGUUCUGGAUUCUCGACACCAGCAUCAAGCAUUCUUCAUCCCUCAAGGUCCCAAAUUACUACUACAACGACCAGCCAAAACCUCCCAUCCAGCCUUUUGAUCCAAGAUUCACGUUGGCUAUCUAUUACCAUGCCUUAAAGGUAGCAUCGCGCACCAAGCACGACCGCGUAGACAUACGACUUCCCUUCAACUGGGCAGACUGGGUGGACCUUUCGCCGUUGAACCGUUACUUGCUUGCCCCAUCCAAGGAUAAGCCCUCAUGCAGUAUUCUCGAUGCCCGUCCCGAGGAGAGGAAGAUGAAUCAGGAGAAGAAAGAGAAAGAAGAACAGGAAAAGAAGGAGAAGGAAGAGAAGGAGAAGGAAGAGAAGGAAAAGGAAGAAAAGGAAAAACAAGAAGAGAAUAAAGACUCGGAACAAGCCCUGAAACGGGAAGUUCAGCCUGAAAAUAGCAUAGUGGAACAAACGACCAACCACGUAGACCAGGAACACAUCUCCAAAAGACUUGAUUCUGCUGAUCCUGCCCUUUUCUGUCUCAACAACGGUCCCUCUGGUAGAGGAAACAAAGUGGAUCCUGGAUUUCACGUUUUCAAGCAUCCAAGUACCACAACGCCUGAAAAAGCUAUUCUUGCUGGGAAAUCCUUCUUGUACUCUCAUGCACCACCACCAAAUGCUAUCAUUUUCCUCACUAAGGACGGUGCGUACAACAUGACUGUUUCGACCGUCUCCAAGCUUUUGGAUAACGGCCUCGUGGAGCAAUACGUCAAGGACACAAAGUCCAAGACCAUCGACGUGCUUGAACAAUUCAAUACCUUACAAUCCGAGUAUAAGGCAGAAAGUGUGUUAGUCAUGAAUAGCUAUAAGGUCAAGAUACCAGAAGAAAGCUUCAUUUUCAACCACACCUCAAUAAUGCAAUCUCUUGAAGAUCAAGAAUCCUUGGAUGCUCGUGAAAAGAGCUAUUUGCAAAGUUUGAAAUACUCGGUUGAUGCCGUCAAAAAGGGAGGCCCUCCCAAGUAUUUCGAAGAAGCAAGAUUGCUCCAAACCGCCAUCGGAGAUCAUUAUGAUUGGAGAUUCUUCAAUGGAGUAAUGUAUGGGGUUUACGAGCAAACCUUGGUGCUUCACAGAUUGGUCAGAGUCUGGCUCUCAUUCACCCGUAAACACGGCAUAACCACUUGGGUUGCACACGGUUCCUUGUUGUCUUGGUACUGGAAUGGAAUGGCAUUUCCAUGGGAUAAUGAUAUCGAUGUCCAGGUUCCAAUUAUGGACUUGCACAAGCUUUCUCUCUUGUACAACCAAACCAUGAUCGUCGAAGAUGCUGAAGAUGGCUUUGGAAGAUACUUUCUCGAUUGUGGGACCUUCAUCACCUUGAGAGAAAAAGGGAACGGAAAGAACAACAUUGAUGCCAGGUUUAUCGACGUGGAUACCGGGUUGUAUAUCGACAUUACCGGGAUGGCUGUUUCGAACACCAAACCUCCAGCCAGAUACUUGAAAUCGCCAAUCGAUGAAAAAAAUGAAAACUAUACUGCAAUCAACACUGAACUUCAGUUAUACAACUGUCGUAACCACCACUUUAUCAGUCUUGACGAGAUCUCUCCCUUGGUGAAGACUUACAUUGAGGGUGAGAUUGGGUAUGUUCCAACCAAGUACUCUGAAAUUCUUAAAGUCGAAUACUCCAAAGGGUUGCUCAGCAAGAAGUUUGAGCGUCAUGUUUAUCUUCCACUGCUUAGACUCUGGCUUAAGGAAGAGGAUUUGUUCUAUUUCCUCAAGAACCCCAAAACAUGGAAUAAUUUCCACACAUACAACGAAAAAUACUUGGAUCUUCCAUCUAAUGGCACGUUCCAGAUUGACGAAUACGAGUUAACCCAAGAGCAAAAGAAGUUAUUGCAUCAAGAAGCCAAAGCCAGGGAAAAGGCAGGCAAAAAGGGAGUUGACAAAUCCUUAACUGACUUGGAUGCUGACUCCCUGAACCAAGUAUUUGAGUUGGGGGUGGACGAAUUGACGCAAUUAAUUCAAAAAGACGAAAUCUUUGCCGAGUUGUACUCCACUCGGGAAUUCACCUCUCAUCACGAACAAGAAAUCAUGAGACUUCAGUUUAAGGUAUCCACGGCCGAAUUGAUCAGAAAAGCACCCGACUUUCCUCCCUUGAAGUACGAGCCAUUCUUGUACCGGAAUCAUAUUGACUUGACCACCUACGAAAGUGAGGUGGAAAGGUACUUGGAGUUAGUGUCUGAGUACGAGUUGGACGCGAGCCGUAACAACGAAGCCAUCUAUUAAUUCAUAUGCAACAAAUAUUGUCAUUUUCAUCAUAAUCAUCAUAAUCAUUCAUUUAACACAUUAAUAAUUUCUUACACCAGUCAUCAU